CAUCUACCUUGGACCUCUGGUGACAAGAUCUUAAAACGAUUUCCAAAUGUCGAGGCAUUCGAAGAACAAUACUGCUCUUGCCUUCUUCACGCAGGCGGAGAAGGCAAAGUUAAAUUAUGGAACCCAAAAGCAACGUCUUGGCAGGGAUUCCAUGCGAAAUUUCGAUGCUUGUUUCCUUUGUUUGCAGCGGGCGCGAGAGCCCCUCUGUUGCACUGAAGGUCAUUUGUCUUGCAAGGAAUGCAUGUACGAAAAUAUUCUGUCUCAGAAGAAGGAGCUCGCUCGCCAAUUCAAGUUAUACAAGGAGCAACAGGAGCAGCAGGAAGAGAGUCGGCGUCAGACGGAACUGGCAGCGAAAGAAGCUGAGCUCACUAUGUUUGAGCAAACACAAACACAAUUCCUCCCGUCAAUGAUGCGAGAGGCGACAGACAUCGGAGAAGGCAAAAAACUGCUAGGCGGCAAAGUGUAUACGCCUGUUACAACGGCUGAGGGGACUGUCUACACCUAUGAUAGUGAGGGACGUAAUCCUCGAAAUGCCUCUGGGGAAGUGGGGACUAAAAAGCCAAUGGAGCAGUCAAAAGACAAAAGCCUUCCAAGUUUUUGGAUACCGUCAUUAACGCCCGAUGCUAAACCACUCAUAAUACAAGCUCCGAAAAUGGAAACCGUGUGCACCGCUAGUGAAAAGCAUCAUCCAGUAACAGUUAAGAAGCUCGUUGAAGUCAAAUUCACACUGGCAAAAGGAAAUGAAGAUCAAUAUAUCUGUCCGGCAUGCUUGAAGACAUUUACGAACGGGUCCAAGAUAGUAGUGCUCAAAACCUGUGGACAUACAUUUUGUAAGGGCUGCUGCAGCAGGUUUGUAAAACCAACCCGAAAGUGCCAUCAAUGUGAAGUGAAAUGCAAAGAGAAGGAUAUUGUUGAACUGAGUGGAGAAGGUACUGGAUUUGUUGGUUCAGGAGGAAAGGUUGAAUCUAGCAAAGCAACAGUAGCCUUCCAGUGACAUCAAUAAUGUAGAUAUAUUUGUACUGAGAUAGCAACCAUUUAUGUAACGGCAUGACCUGGCUUUUGUAGAUGUAUACACAAAAGAAUCUUGUUUUUAUUGCUGA